AUGCUGUGGAUUAUUAGAUUCUCUGGCUUCUUCUCUGCUGCAAUGCUCAUGAUCGUUCUCUCUCCGUCUCUCCAAUCCUUCCCUCCCGCCGAAGCCAUCCGAUCCUCUCACCACCACCACCUCGACUACUCUUACCUCCGCCUUCCUCCUCCGGUUCUCCUCUCCGAUUCCGGUUCGAUGGUCCGAGCAGGAGGCCGCCUCAACUUCCGAAAGGCCUCGGCAUUCCGCAAUUCCAAUGAAUGUGCAUCCCCAAGUGCCAAGACCCAAAUCGGGGAUGCGUGCGAUCCCAAUUUGGUACACGUGGCCAUCACUCUGGAUGUUGAGUAUCUCCGUGGGUCAAUCGCCGCCGUCCACUCUGUCCUGCAGCACUCGCUGUGCCCGGAGAGUGUCUUCUUCCACUUCCUCGUCUCGGAGACGAAUCUGGAAGCCCUGGUCCAAUCCACUUUCCCGCAGUUGAAGUUUAGGGUCUACUACUUCGACCCACGGAUGGUACGGAGCCUGAUCUCCACGUCGGUGAGGCAAGCGCUGGAGCAGCCGCUCAAUUACGCCCGCAACUACUUGGCGGAUCUGCUGGAGACCUGCGUCGAGCGGGUCAUCUACUUGGACUCUGAUCUCGUCGUCGUCGAUGAUAUUUCCAGGCUCUGGACCACCAGCCUCGGUUCCAGAACCAUCGGGGCGCCCGAGUACUGCCACGCCAACUUCACCAAAUACUUCACCCCCGCUUUCUGGUCGGACAAGCGGCUUUCCGGCACAUUUGAUAGCCGGAAACCCUGUUACUUUAACACCGGCGUCAUGGUCAUAGAUCUGAUAAAGUGGAGGCGGGGCAGGUACACCAAGCGGAUCGAAAAGUGGAUGGAGAUCCAGAAGAACCGCCGGAUCUACGAGCUCGGAUCGCUGCCACCCUUCCUUUUGGUUUUCGCGGGACACGUGGCGCCCAUCGAGCACAGGUGGAAUCAACACGGCUUGGGAGGCGAUAAUGUAAAGGGCAGCUGCCGUGACCUCCAUUCCGGUCCGGUUAGCCUCCUGCAUUGGUCCGGCAGUGGCAAGCCCUGGCUCAGGCUGGACUCCAAGCGGCCCUGCCCGCUCGACGCCCUCUGGUCACCCUACGACUUGUACGGACACACUAAAUGA